UGCUCCUUCCAACGGGGAAGAAGAAGAAAAACAAAACAAUUAAAAGCAACCUAAAGAAACAUCCACAGCAGAAGUUUCUUUGGGAACAAUGGACGAUGGUCAGCAGCUACAAGAUCAUGUAUCCAUCCAGAAGGGAUUGUCCAGACCUCCUCUGCAAAAAUGCCACAAUUGCUGCACUCCAAGCAGAUUUCAUUGUCCAUUUUGUGUCCCAGCUUAUUUCAAACCCUCAAAACACUCCAGGACCCUGCUUCAUUUGAACAACCAUCUACAGAAAGCCAUCUUUGUUGGAGAGUACACUAUCCACAGAUGUGGACUGCAGUGCAGGAAACAGCAGCAUUACCACUGUUUGUACUGCACAGCCACGCUGAUAAGGAGAAGAGAUUUCACCAAUCAUCUGCCUUUCUGCCGUCGCACUCAAGAGCGGAGAACCCAAGAAUUAUCCAACGUAGAGACAGCUGUGGCAAAAAGAGUGCAAAGCGAAGGGUUGAUUACUCCAUCGCUGACGCCUGGAGAGAGUCACAUGCUUUCAUAUGACAUAGAGAGCGACAGUGACAGUGACGUCAUAACAAUCAUCCCGGAUUCAGACGACCAAGACAUCCAAGGAACGAGCAGCAGACAGUCCGUGUUUCCCGCCAUCUCCAAGUCAAAGAAAUGUGACACUAGCGAUAAGAGGAAGAGGAGCACGGAGCCAGCAGACGUUUCUAAAUGUGACCGAACUGUACAGACAAACAUUGAAAAACCACAAGACUGCGAUGAAUACUAUUUCAUGAACCUUGUGAAAAUGUUUAAAAAGUUGUCCCCUCAGAAGAAGGCAGACGUCAGGAUGAAAAUCGAGAGACUCCUCUUCGAAGCAGAGUUUGACUAGGGAAGGGUUUACACACACACUAACAUAAAGAGACUAUAGUUUACUGUUUAUGACAUGUUUCAUUGAAAGAAUUGUAACAGUUUAAUUAUUUUGGCUUUAUUCAUGAAUAAACCUCAGAUAGUUA